AUGGCUCGACUUUGCCUGGGUGGCCAGUCUUGGGGGCCAGACGACUGGGUUAUGUGUAUUGCGGGCAUGAUGAUACCACUCAACGCUCUAUCGGUCCCAAUCUCUCAAGUUGCUCUGGGCAAGGACAUUUGGAACGUGCACCCUGACGACGUGACACAGUUUCUCUAUCUCUUUUACUGGGACGAGCUUCUAUACCUCGGCGCUUUGCCAGUCACCAAAAUCUCAAUUCUUCUCUUUUACCUCAAAAUCUUUCCCAAAAGAGAAAUAAGAAUUGGCUGCUGGGUUCUUAUCGGGCUCAACGUUGCAUACUUCAUCACCUUCGAACUCAUCUCGAUCUUCCAGUGCCGUCCGAUCGAUGGGGCCUGGAGAGCAUGGGACAAGGAAUACCCGGCAAAAUGCAACAAUAUCAACAUCCAGGGUUGGGCUGCGGCAAUCAUCAAUAUUCUUCUGGACUUGGCCACGUUGAUUCUUCCGUUGAAAGAACUGUACAAUCUUUCGCUUUCUACAAAGAAGAAGCUCAUGGUCAUUCUGAUGUUCAGCGUUGGGUUCUUUGUCACUAUUGUGAGUGUGGUACGGUUGCAUUCGCUGGCCAGCUAUGCAACUACGAGCAAUGCGACGCAGGACUACGUCGAGGUCGGAUACUGGAGCACUAUUGAGGUUCCGGUAGGCGUCAUCUGCGCCAGCAUGCCUGCCAUUCGCUCUCUAUUUAGUCUGGUCUUUCCCAAGGUGUUCGGCACCACUCAAAGGGGCAAAUCAAACUACGCAAAUCUCUCUAGCCAACAGAAGGACCUUUCCAACUCCCAGAAGGUUUCAUCCAAGGGCUCGUCAAAACCGGCUAUUCGAGUGCUCAAGGAGUUCACAGUCCGGUCAAGACAUCGGGAUGAUGUCUCCUACGUUGAGCAUGAACUCACGGCAGGGCCGUUCACAGACCCCAGUUCGCGCCCGUCAUCAGAAAAGAAGCCCAUUACUCCACAUGAAUCUGUGUGA